CAGCGACGGCUCGAAGAAGCGGCCGAGGAAGAUGGCGGGGGAGGAGGAAGGCGAGCCGUGGCGGCGGCUGGUGGUGAUGCUGCAGGCUUCUGUCAGGGGUUACCUAAUCAGGAAGAAGUUUCAAAGCUUAAGGGGAGCAUAUGAGAGUAUUGUAAAGGAGAUUGAAGGGAAUCUGGAUUCUCUGCAGUGGAACAGACAUUCUUUGUCGUGGCCGGCUUUUCUCCCAAAGCCAAUCCACAACCCAGUAAAAACUAAGGAAUUAAAAGGCCAAGAGGCAGCAUGCAAUGAGAGUACAUCAUACAGAGAAGAGGAAAAGCGUUGUCAGGAGGAGUUACUGCCUGCAGAAGAGAGUUGUUGUGAGAUGCAGCUUCCAAGCCACCUUCCAACAAAGCUGGUUAUAGAAGAUGAAGCGGGUGACAUGAUACAGAAUCUAAAACACCUUGUGGAGAAGCCCUCAGGGAACCCCAGCAGCCUGCCGGGGCAAAGGGAAGAAGGCGGGGACCUCAGCAAUGUGUCCUCUGAGUGGAGCAGUGUGGUCCUGGAGGUGGAGUCCCCUAGGCUGAGCCAGGAACUUUCCUUCCAGAAGGGGCAAGAGGUGCCCCAGGCUAUUCCUGACCUUCAGCGCUACCGAAAGCACCUGGCCAUGGAGCUGCUCUGGCUGCAGCAAGCCAUUGUCAGCCGUAAGAACUACUUGAUGCUGAAACAGAGGCUGGGGAGCUCAGAGUGACUACUAGUCUGAAGACAUGGCUUGAUGGGGCAAUAUACACAGAAGAGGAAGUGUGUGGUUCCACCAGCCAGCAGUGGAAAGAAAGCACUGGGGCUGCAAGAGCAAGCCACUCUGCAUGGAUUCUGACUGAGCUUAGCUUUAAGGCUUAUGAGAGUAGCAGUGAAGACAGAAGAUUCUCUUCAGGCUUUGCAAGUCAAAGGUUUUGCCUGCUACAGACAUCUUUCUGAAACUGCAGUGAAGAAGAACAGUGUGUGUCUGUGGAGGACUCUGGCUCCGGUCCUGCAGACGCGGCUUCUACAGUUCUUCUACAGAUGGAGAGAAAUCCCAGCUGGAGGACUUGGCAGGCAUGCUUUUACACAACUUCCAGCAUUCCCCACCAGGGGAAGAGCCUUUAGCCAUAACAAUUCUCUUCUUGAGAAAGAUUUCAAUUAUUAGACUGGCACAGCAGUAAUACUACAUUGGAUACUUACUGAGAAUUGGGCUUGCUAUCUUCAGCAUGUUUUUUUAUUGUAAUGGAUAUUAUUGCAAGUCCCACUGAGAGCCAGUGGGACUUGUUUUUGGCUGCAAAGCAAGGGUAGAAAUGUUAUAAAUAAAAUAUAUGCUUUCUUUUUCUUA